CAGGAAGUUACCCGGCACCUCUGGAGUCCCGUGGAGAAAGUGCUGUCAGCCGCUUCGGUAGCGGCGCGAGCUGGAGGCCGGUGCCGGGACUGGCCGUUCGGUCUCGCCGCACUUAGGCUCCGCUUUCCAUCGUAGCACCACGGCCCCGUCCCCCAACCCCCUGCCCGGCGCGGCUGCCCGGGGGGCUCCUUCAGCCUCCUUGACGCCGCUCCAAGGGGCACCUACCCGGUCGGCGCCUGGGUCUCCGGCUUGGGGACCGGCUUCCUGCUGCAGCACUCCGAGCCGCAGUAAGAAGCACCCUUGUCACCCCGCGCCCCGACUCCCUCUCUGAACACACACCUAGACCCUGGUCCAAGAGGCAGCCUCGGACCUCAGAAUAGACGGAUCCAGGACGCCCAGCCCUGGCAUCUCCUCAGAGAUGUCACCCACCGUCUCCCACAAAGAGAACAGUCGGCAACGACGGCCAGGGACUUUCAACCACGCUCUGGAUAUGAGGAGCGGCCCCCUGCCGCCGGGCAGCUGGGAUGACUGUCACCCGGACUUGGUGGGCGGAGAAGGGGACAAAGAAGCUCUUCUUUGGGACAGCAGCACCAGUGGUUUCUCCAAACCCCCGCGGAGCUGCCGGGCCGAAUUAAGCAGCAUUUUGCUGUUGCUUUUUCUGUACGUGCUUCAGGGCAUUCCUCUGGGCCUGGCGGGAAGCAUACCGCUCAUUUUGCAGAGCAAAAAUAUUAGCUAUACAGACCAAGCUUUCUUCAGUUUAGUCUUCUGGCCCUUCAGCCUCAAGUUGCUCUGGGCCCCCUUGGUGGAUGCAGUUUACUUUAGGAACUUCGGUCGGCGAAAGUCGUGGCUGGUCCCUACGCAGUACAUCCUGGGGAUCUUCAUGAUCUACCUGUCCACUCAGGUGGACCGCUUGCUCGGGAACACGGAUGGCAGGGCCCCCGAUGUGGUUGCUCUCACGGUGACGUUCUUCUUGUUUGAAUUCCUGGCUGCCACGCAGGACAUCGCUGUGGAUGGUUGGGCAUUAACGAUGUUAUCCCGGGAGAACGUGGGCUAUGCUUCGACUUGCAACUCAGUGGGCCAGACAGCGGGCUACUUUUUGGGCAAUGUUUUGUUUUUGGCCCUUGAAUCUGCCGACUUUUGCAACAAAUAUUUGCGGUUUCAGCCUCAACCCAGGGGGAUCGUUACUCUUGCAGAUUUCCUUUUUUUCUGGGGAGCUGUAUUUUUGGUAACGACAACUUUAGUUGCCAUUGUGAAAAAAGAAAACAAAGAGGUAUCAGUAGGAAAAGAAGAAACCCAAGGUAUCACAGAUACUUACAAGCUGCUUUUUGCAAUUAUAAAAAUGCCGGCAGUUCUGACAUUUUGCCUUCUGAUUCUAACUGCAAAGAUUGGUUUUUCAGCAGCAGAUGCAGUAACAGGACUGAAAUUGGUAGAAGAGGGAGUACCUAAAGAACAUUUAGCCUUAUUGGCAGUUCCAAUGGUUCCUUUACAGAUAAUAUUGCCUCUGAUUAUCAGCAAGUACACUUCAGGUCCCCGGCCACUAGAUGUAUUUUACAAAGCCAUGCCCUACAGAUUAUUGCUUGGAUUAGAGUUUGCUCUGCUGGUUUGGUGGACUCCUGAAGUAGAACAUCAAGGGGGAUUCCCUGUAUAUUACUAUAUCAUGCUGCUGCUGAGUUAUGCGUUACACCAGGUUACAUUGUACAGUAUGUAUGUUUCCAUAAUGGCUUUUAAUGCAAAGGUUAGUGAUCCACUUAUUGGAGGAACAUAUAUGACCCUUUUAAACACCGUGUCCAAUCUGGGAGGAAACUGGCCUUCUACAGUAGCCCUUUGGUUAGUGGAUCCCCUCACUGUGAAAGAGUGUGUAGGAGCAUCAAACCAGAGUUGUCGAACACCUGAUACUAUUGAGCUUUGCAAAAAACUCGGUGGCUCAUGUGUUACAGCGCUGGAUGGCUAUUAUGUGGAGUCCAUUAUUUGUGUGCUUAUUGGAUUUGGGUGGUGGUUCUGUUUUGGUCCAAAAUUUAAAAAGUUACAGGAUGAAGGACUGACUUCAUGGAAGUGCAAAAGGAACAAUUAAUGCAUUUAUUACUGGACAUUCUAAAAAAGGUUGAAUUUUAGAGUGGGGUUUUUAUAAGUAAUGGAGGAUAAACUGGGUGGGAGAAAAUGGCAUUUGGCAUCCGAAGAAAGAUAGAUGAAGGCAGCGGCCUCUAAACCCGUGCAUGGCCAUUGGGAAGCCAGUGUUGGGCAUUGGUGUCAGAUCCUGCAGAAUCACCUAGAAAGUCAUCCUACAGACAAGGAGACUACACCAAACAAUAGACUCCAGUACUGUGUCACAUGUGAAUUAUCAUGUAUUAUAAUCAAAAUGUUUACUUGAAUAAAUAAAAAGCCCACUUAAUUAUCAUA